GCUUCUCCUCAGCGCCUUCUUCCAAAUGAUUGACAGCUGAGAAGCCCCGCCCCCCGAGGCGCCUGACGCGGACCGCAGCCCCUCUCAUUUCCAGCCCCGCAAAUCUCCAUUUUCUUCUUUCCCGAUAUCCAGGAGCAGAGAAGUAAAGACUUGGAAAAAUGAAUGAAGAAUACGACGUUAUCGUCCUGGGCACCGGGCUUACGGAAUGCAUUUUAUCAGGAAUCAUGUCAGUGAAGGGGAAGAAAGUUCUGCACAUGGACCGCAACUCAUACUACGGAGCUGAGAGUGCCUCCAUUACACCUCUUGAAGAUCUCUACAAGCGCUUCAACCUUCCUGGCGAACCUCCUGAGUCAAUGGGAAAAGGCAGGGAUUGGAAUGUGGACCUCAUCCCCAAAUUCCUCAUGGCCAACGGUCAGCUGGUCCGCAUGCUGCUGAUCACACAGGUGACUCGCUACCUGGAAUUCAAAGUGAUUGAGGGCAGCUACGUCUACAAGAAAGGCAAAAUCCAUAAAGUCCCCUCAACUGAGACUGAGGCUCUGGCAUCUAGUUUGAUGGGGUUGUUUGAAAAACGGCGCUUCAGAAAGUUCUUGGUCUUUGUUGCCAACUUUGAUGAGAAUGACCCCAGAACCAUGGAGGGUGUCGACCCCAAGACUACAACAAUGAGGGACAUUUACAAAAAGUUUGACCUGAGCCAGGAUGUCAUAGACUUCACUGGCCACUCCCUCGCCCUCUACCGCACAGAUGAGUACCUGGAUCAGCCUUGCAAGGAUGCAAUAGACCGGAUAAAGCUGUACAGUGAGUCUCUGGCUAGAUAUGGCAAAAGCCCAUACCUCUACCCACUUUAUGGCCUGGGAGAACUGCCACAAGGAUUUGCCAGGCUGAGUGCCAUCUAUGGUGGGACGUACAUGUUGAACAAGCCCAUCGAGGAGAUAGUGGUGGAGAAUGGGAAGGUGGUGGGAGUCAAGUCUGAGGGAGAGAUUGCCAGAUGCAAGCAGCUGAUCUGUGACCCCAGCUACGUAAAGGAUCGCGUCACCAAAGUGGGUCAGGUGAUCAGAGCCAUCUGCAUCCUGAGUCACACCAUUGCCGGCACCGCCGACAACAACUCUUGCCAGAUCAUCAUCCCUCAAAAUCAGGUCAACAGGAAGCAUGACAUCUACGUUUGUAUGAUCUCCUCCGCUCACAACGUCGCAGCAAAGGGCAAAUAUAUCGCGAUCGUGAGCACCACAGUGGAGACAAAUGACCCUGAGAGUGAGAUCAAGCCGGCCCUGGACCUACUGCAACCCAUUGAGCAGAAGAUGGUCAACAUUAGUGAACAGUUUGGACCCACUGACAUGGGCAAUGAAAGCCAGAUUUUCAUCUCCCGUACAUAUGAUGCCACAACUCACUUUGAAACCACCUGUGACGACAUCAAGGACAUCUACAGGAGGAUGACGGGCUCAGACUUUGACUUUGCCGAGAUGGAGCGCAAGCAGAAGGACACCUUUGGCGAUGCAGAGUAAAGGCGAUGCGUCCACGACACUCCUGAUUAUCGAAGACAGCGCUGCCGACAACUGAAAUCUCAAAAUCCAAGGAAGUUCAUGAUAUAUAGAGAUAUGAUGUAGUAAUGUUGGAUAGGGUUCAGGGAGGGAGCUAUGCUUUUUCAAAUCACAUUUGGUUGUUGCACUAAAGUGCUAAUAUACAGUAAUACCCUACAUUCUUCUACUUCAUCAUGUUAAGAUGAUGAAUAGUCCAUAGAUGCCAUAUCAAAUGACAAUUAAUAAUCAAUAUUAUUAUCUUACAGGCUGGUUGUGUAUUGGGUUGGGUGUCCAGUAUUUGUCAUUGUGUAAAAGUCGUUUGGAAGACAAAUAACAUCUAUACAUUAGUUAUUUAGUCUUUUCAGGUGUUGUUUCAUGUCAGGGUCAGAAAGAGCCAGCUUGGCUUUGUGCAACUAAAUUAUAUGAUGUGAGCCAUCAGAUUAUAUUGUCAGAUUUAGUUUAAAGUGGUCAAAGGGGUGUGCAGACUUAAUGUUGUUGUCGUUAUACCCCUUUUUUGUCAUAUCUCCAGCACAACCGGACGCAUUUCGUAAACCAAGCCACAAGGGCAACUGUAGUUCAGCAUAAACCACCUGAACCUGUUUUCAACAGCUUGAUCUAAUAUAAUGCAUCAGAGGAGAUAUUAGUACCUGUAUUAUGCAAAGUGAUGGAUGAUCGGAGCAUUAACAGCAGAUUAAUGUGAAGUCUGGUUGACUGUAAUUGCUUAAGAAGGACCAAAUGUGUACUGCAGCAGUAUUGAAUUGAUAAGAGCCCUGUGAGAUCCUCUAUUAUGAACAACUUAAAAAGAAAAAAAAAACUAAAACAUGUUGGGCUCAAUGAUUUCUGUACUGCAAAGUAAAAAAACAACUUUGUCAAAAACCAAAA